AUGCCUUCCAAUGCCACUAGAAAAUCAGGACGCAAAGGCAAACAGAAUGCCCGAGGAACACUUAGCUGUGUUGCUGCCGGCCGGAUUGAGCAACGUGAGAUUGCUCCAAGAGUAUUGCCACUUGCAGCUGGUCCAAGUGGGGCAAAGGCUCCUGGAAUAACUGUCGAGUCCCUAACGCAGAUUAUGGCAGCCAUCAACAUGAUGUACGAUCGUACUGUCGAAGCCAACACUAGAAUUCGUUUUCUGGUCGAUGCUCACAACCAAGCCAUUGCCCAGCAAACUCUUGUUGCAUCUUCUGUAACUCAAGGAGUAACUGCUGCCAAUGUGUCUACAAAUAGACACACCAAAGGCGAAAUGCGUGCAAUUGUUCUGAAUCUCAUCAAUGGAAGAAUGUGGGUGAGAAACUUCUAUGAGAGGAUUGACCAUCCUGACAAUGUUGAGGUGAUUAAUUACCUCCGACAGUAUAUCGUUGCCCAGCCUCGCACAGCUGGGUUCUGGGAGGAUAUGAUAGUGCAGAAAAUAAAAAACAAUUACAAGACAUGUUUUCGUGCUGUCAACGCAACCCCUGAGCAAGCAUCUUCCAAAAGGCGCAAUAAUUGUAUCAACAGCUGUUGCAUUGAGAUUCACUUGUGUCGUGUUGAUAUCUACAUUAACAAUUGGCUAGCUGUGGUGAUCCAGACACUCGGAUCAAUUGACACUGAGAUGGGAUACAAGCCAGGUAACCCUGAUGAGAUUGCAUACUUGCAUCUCCUCGAGAAGAGUGUGAUGUCUGAUGGUGAAUUGGAAGAUGAGGACGUCACUCCUAUAAUCCGUGUGCAGGUUUUGCAGGUUGCUCAUCCUAGUUGGAGAAGUGCUGAGCUGAAUAGGCUUAUUCAGUUCAUUGAUUUCUUGGCAGCAGAGAAUGACAAGAAGAUUGCAAUACCACAAUCAAAGCAAAGAAUGCUCAGAUACCUAAAAACCAUUGUGGUCCCUCCUGUCCCCGGUCCCCUGACCGCGAUCCUUCCUGUCUGGGCAAUUCAAAACCAAUAA